AUGGACGGGGAGCGCUGGGUGGACUACGGCCGAGGCUUAUCCACAGCUGAAGAGGCGGUGAGCUCCACCAUCGACCAGAUCCUCACAGAUGGCGGCAUGCUGCUGUGGCAGAAGUACUUGGAGAGAAAGGCCUUUUCUUUUGCAGCCACAGCCAUCUCAGAGGCAUUAGUCAGUCGACUUCGCAUGUGCUAUGUUCACCACGAUCAUGGCGAAGCGCUGCACGAUGGAGCACUCGGUGCGGAGUGGCAGAUUGAAGAGGAACCCAGCACCUGCGAGGUUGACAGUUGGGCGCGCAUGCAUUUGCCGGUGCGUCGCACCAAGAAUGAGGAGGCCAACCAGAGCGCCGCCAAGGCUCCCAAGCUUCGAAGAGCUCCAGCAAGUCGGGCCAAAUUCAACACGGCACAGACGAAAGUGGCUGAAUUUCAGCCCAGGAGAUGUGAUGGGCGACACGAAUCCGCCAGCAGAUUGUUGCCCCAGUGA